AUGAGUCCAUCAGCCAUCAACACAGUCGCUAGCGCACUUACUUCCUCUACAACACAAGCAUCGACGCCACAAACACCGGCACUCUUCUCUCUCGCAGGGAAGACAGUCGCUAUCACAGGAGCUGGCCGCGGACUUGGAAUAACUCUUGCUUUCGCCGUAGUUGAAGCGGGCGGACAUGCAGCAUGCCUAGAUAUCCUCCCGGAACCAAGCAACACAGAAUGGCAGGCCUUGACGAAGCUUGCUAACCAACUCGGUACUUCAGCAUCAUACCGUAGAUGCGACGUUACUAGCGAAGCGGAGGUCACCCAAGUCCUGGACGAGAUAUCACGCGAAGGUGAUGAGCGAGGUGCACCACUCAAUGGUAUGGUCGCGUGUGCGGGUAUCCAACAAAGGGUUCCAGCACUCGACUACGAGGCGUCAGACUUUGAGCGCAUGCUUCGUGUAAAUGUAGUAGGCGCGUUCAUAUCGGUCAAGAGGGCGGCGAGGAUAUUGAAAGACAAGGGUACUGGAGGCUCAAUCGUACUCAUCGCUAGUAUGUCGGGUCAGGUCGCGAACAGGGGCCUUACUUGCACAGCAUACAAUGCCAGCAAAUCAGCUGUGCAUCAAAUGUGUCGCUCGCUAGCGCAAGAAUGGGGUCAAUACGGCAUUAGAGUGAAUACGCUUUCGCCGGGUUAUAUUCGUACUGCAAUGACCGACGAACUCCUCGCAGCAGAUCCGGAUGUGGAGAAGACAUGGAUGGCCGGCGCACUGCUUGGAAAACUUGGUGUACCGAACGACUUCAAAGCACCAGCUGUGUUCUUGUUGGCGGAAGGAAGUCGUUUCAUGACUGGCGCAGACCUGAGAGUCGAUGGCGGCCAUUGCGCGUCGGCUUAA